AUGCUGAAGGACAAAUUUGGACAGCCUGAGCUGAUAGUGGCAACACUGUAUCGUAAACUGGCACAGCUGCCACAAUGUAACAACAGGUUUACUGAAGUGAAGGCUACCAUUGACCAAAUGGAGAAACUCCUUCGUCAAUUGGAAGCGCAGGGAGAGAACCUGGAUAAUCAGCGCGAUCUCAUUCAGCAACUCUUCUCGAAGUUCCCGUUUCAGCUCGUCAGCAAACUGGAGGAGCAGAGAUCCGAUCAUACUGUGCCAUGGACGGUCAAAACAGUACGGGAGAUGCUAGCGAAGUAUGUAGCAAUGCUGAACACAGUUCGUCAGUUCACCCACAACAUCAGCCAGACAUCUCAGCCUAAGAUACAUGGACACCAGCAACAACACCAUCGUCCACCAACAAUGGGAUUUGUAUCCAGCCAAGCAAGCCCCAGAAGAGAACCGUCCUGCAUCUUCUGUCGGUCAAGCCAUUUCAGUGAUGAGUGUACCAACUACUCAACACUGGAUUCCAGGAAGGAUCAACUGUUGUCCCUACGUAGGUGA